AUAGCAGAUCAGUCUGAACCCGCGCGUCGAACAGCGCGGUCGCGCUUCGCGGUCUGUGAUUGGUGAAUGUAAAAAUGAGGCGGAAUUUGAAAAUAGUGUUCCUCCUUGGCGCCGCCUGGAUGUUUUUUCUUUUUUAUUACAUGCAGCCAGAUACGGCACAGAAUAAGGAGGAAAACAUAGCGCUUCGCCUCAUAAAACAACACCAAGACAUCGAGGAACCAGAGAGCAGUCCGGCCUCCCCCGAGGAGUACGGCACUGGGAGUACAGGGAGGUACUUCGACGAGGCGGGGUACGUCGCGGGAGGGAACAAGGAUAAUGAUCCUUACGUCAGGAAUCGGUUCAAUCAAGCCGCGUCUGAUGCGUUGCCUAGCAACCGCGGUGUGCCUGAUACGAGGAAUGCUAUGUGCCGGCUGAAGAAAUACGACGAAGAUCUGCCACAAACGAGUGUGAUCAUAACAUUUCACAAUGAGGCUCGGUCUACAUUACUCCGCACUAUUGUCAGUGUCCUCAAUCGAAGUCCUGAGCACCUCAUUAAAGAAAUUAUUCUCGUCGACGACUUUAGUGAUAACCCUGACGAUGGAGCGGCCCUUCGGGCGAUACGAAAGGUGCGCGUCAUCAGGAACUCAAAGCGCGAAGGGCUCAUGCGAUCCAGGGUGCGUGGGGCGGACGCGGCAACAGCGCCCGUGCUGACCUUCCUGGACUCACAUGUGGAGUGCAACGUGCAUUGGCUGGAGCCCCUGCUGCAGAGGGUUAAAGAGGAUCCCACCCGAGUGGUAUGUCCAGUAAUAGACGUGAUCAGCAUGGACACCUUCCAGUACAUUGGAGCAUCAGCAGACCUACGGGGCGGCUUCGAUUGGAACUUGGUGUUCAAGUGGGAAUACCUAUCACACGCUGAGCGAAGCGGUCGUCUCAGCGACCCCACGCAAGUGAUCAGAACUCCAAUGAUAGCUGGUGGCCUGUUCAGUAUGGACCGAGCGUACUUCAACAAGCUGGGCAAAUACGAUAUGAAGAUGGACGUGUGGGGAGGGGAGAACCUUGAGAUCUCGUUCAGGGUAUGGCAAUGCGGUGGUUCGCUAGAGAUAGUGCCCUGCUCCCGGGUGGGCCACGUCUUCCGCAAGCGACACCCCUACACGUUCCCGGGAGGUUCGGGAGCGGUAUUUGCGCGGAAUACCAGGAGAGCAGCUGAAGUGUGGAUGGAUGAUUAUAAGGAAUUAUACUACAGGUCUCAGCCGCUGGCCAAGCAAGUAGAGUAUGGAGACAUAUCGGAACGCAAGGCGCUCCGCGCGUCGCUGCACUGCAAGCCGUUCCGCUGGUACCUGUCGCACGUGUACCCCGAGCUGCAGGUGCCGGCGCUGGGCGGCGCGCGCGCGGUGCGCCGCGGCGCGCGGUGCCUCGACACCAUGGGGCAGCUGGCGGAUGGGACACCUGGACUGUACCCAUGUCACAACACAGGCGGUAACCAAGAGUGGGUUUUCGACAACGGUCUGAUCAGACACCACUCACUCUGCAUUUCGCUGUCUCCCGCGGGUCUCCCCGUGCUCGUACCUUGCGACCAGACCGAUGAGAAUCAGCUCUGGAAAACUAAAGGAUCCCUAAUCAGACACCUUAAGACGGACGCAUGUUUGGAUUCAGAUAAGUCCACUUUGUACUUGGCGAACUGUGAUAAGAAUAAAUCGAGCCAAAUGUUCUCCUUCUGAUCUGGUCUGAUGGUUAGAUUGGUCAUGGCACUUCGUUCAGCUUUUGGUUGAAGUUUGUGGUUACUAAAGUUGUGUUUUGAUAUGGAAGGAAUAUAAAGAAUGGUUUUCGAAUGUUGAGCAGAAAAACCUAUGUUGAAGGAACUUGAUUAGUUUUAUGUUUUUGAACUUGAUUAGAGUUUACGGUCGGAUAUUUAUAAGCACAAGGCAGUAUGAAUAAAAUAAAAACCUAAAUUACGCUUCUUGAUACUUCCUUAUAAAAAAUGUAAUAUCAUAAUUUAUUAUUGUUUUUAGAAAAAAUAAUACCAAUUUAUUUCAAUAAUUAGUUACUUAGUAAAAAUGUUCUAAUGUGCGAAAUCCUCUAAAAAAUAUACUUAAAUCAGAAAUUUGACAGAGAAUAUGUACAGUAAAAUAUAAAUUCAUACACGCACUGCUUGUGCCUAUGAAUGUAUUUAAUCAAAUACAUACAUGAAACAAGGAAUGUUAUAAAUGC